AUGGAUGACGUACACGAGAAAGAGGAGCUUCCCGUACAUCUUAUCCUCGGAACAAACGAAUACGCGCAGAUAAAGACCGAGACCACACCCAAGAUCGGGAAACCAGGAGAACCCAUUGCCGAAUUAAUAAGAUUAGGAUGGACCAUCAUGUCACCCGGAAGUGAAUCUGACCUCACAAACAUGUUCCUGACCCAAACCUCUGCGGCUGACUAUGAAGCCUUGUGUAGACUUGAUGUGCUUGGUCUACAAGACCAUCCAGUUGGCGACCAAGAUCUCGUAUUCGAAGAAUUCAAGGAGCAGCUAACAAGAAACCCGCAAGGAUGGUACGAAACAGGCCUCCUUUGGAAGGGAAAUCAUCCACCCCUCCCUAACAACAAACAUGGCAGCCUGAAACGACUAGAGAACCUUGUCAGAAAGCUAGAGAAACAACCAGGCAUGUUGCAGAAGUAUGACGGGGUCAUUCAAGAUCAGUUAUCUCAAGGAAUAGUCGAACGAGUGCACAGUGAACCAGAAGGGAAGAGGUUUUACAUCCCGCAUAAGGCCGUGAUUCGAGAGACGGCAGAGAGCACGAAGAUUCGAAUUGUCUACGAUGCGUCCGCCCGAGCGAACGAGAAAGCACCAUCCCUCAACGACUGCCUAGAGACUGGGCCACCAUUGCAAAACAAACUUUGGAGCGUACUCGUGAAAAACCGGUUCCAACCUGUGGCCCUAGCAGGGGACCUGAAGCAAGCUUUUCUACAAGUGAGAAUCCGAGAGGAAGACAGAGACGUGAUGCGAUUUCACUGGCUCAAGGACCUAGACACCAAACACGUGGAAACUUUACGCUUCACACGAGCACUGUUCGGCUUGUCCACGUCGCCAUUCUUGCUUGGGGGAGUGAUUGAUCAGCACCUAAAAAAGCUUCAGAACGUCUACCCAAGGAAAGUUGAAGAGAUCCGACGAAGUCUCUACGUGGACGACUUAAUCAGCGGUGAUAAAACCGUGGCUGGCGCACAACACCUGAAACAAGCAUCACAGUCCAUUUUCAGAGCUGGGAAAUUUGAACUGCACAAAUGGCACUCUAAUGUCCCGGCCCUGGAACAGUCUUCACCCCACGAAGAAACAAUAAAAGAACUACCCACUACCCAUCAAAGUGAGAACCAGAGCUAUGCCAAGGACCAGUUAGGAGUCAAGCAAGGAGAAACGAAGCUGCUUGGUGUACCAUGGGAUAAACGAGAGGAUACAAUACAAACCAGUUUCCCUGACCCGAUUUCGAAAGCAACUAAGAGAGAAGUCCUCGGAAAGAUCGCUAAGAUCUACGAUCCCCUGGGUCUAGCAUCACCAAUCACUUUGGAAGGGAAAUUUCUUUACAGAGAAAUGUGUGAAGUCCGAAUCCCAUGGGACCAAGAGCUACCCCAGGGACUCGAGAUCCGUUGGCAAACCUGGGAGAACAACCUAACAGACAAGGUAGAAGUACCAAGAAGCAUUGCCCAGCAUCAAGAAGAGAUCAUUAGCAUCAACCUGCAUGCCUUUGGCGACGCGAGCAGCCAGGGCGUGUUAGCUGCUGUUUACGCCGUCACACAUCAAGCGACGGGGCUAUCACAAGGGCUCGUAACAGCAAAGUCUAGACUGGCGAAGAAAGGGCUCACCAUACCAAGACUCGAACUAGUGUCGGGGCACAUGGCAGCCAAUCUUGUAGAUAACGUUAAAGAAGCACUGCAAGGUUUCCCAGUUGAAGGUGUUUAUUGUUGGCUCGAUAGCAGCGAAGCUCUUCACUGGAUCAAGGGGGGCGGAGAUUAUAAGCAGUUUGUUAGCAAUCGAGUGAGGAAAAUCCAAGAGAAGAAGUACAUCCAGUGGAGGCACGUGGGUACCAAGGAAAACCCUGCCGACCUGGGUAGCCGAGGCGGGCAAAUUAGUAACUGCUCAGAUCUGUGGUGGCAUGUGCCAACGUGGUUACCUUUCCCAGAGAGUUGA